AUGAACUCAACGGCGAACGGAUCCAGCGGAUCUUGGAGCUGCUUCGCUCAGUUAAAUUCUACUGCGUCAAAAAUUGGAGGAAUCGUUACCUAUUGUCUGAUCAUCAUCGUUUCACUGGUCGCAAAUUCUCUCAUUGUGGUGAUCGUUUAUAAAACGACGAACUUAAGAGAGCCGAUAAAUUAUUUCAUUGCAAACAUGGCCUCAUCUGAUUUGCUGUUUCCAAUAUUCUGGAUAUCCUGGAACCUGUCAAGCUUGCACACUAACUUGUUUCUUAUCGGUGGUCAGCUUGGCCAAACCUUGUGGAAGAUUGUCCCUUUCUUUAGAGAAGUGUCGUUUUUCGUUUGGAUUCAGAAUCUGACUCUGAUAGCAGUGGAUCGAUUUGGAGCCGUGGUGUUUCCGCUCCGUUCUCCACUCAUCAGACCCAAGCUGUGUCCUUUCUUCAUUCUCGCCACGUGGAUAGUUGCCUUAACUGUCAGUUUGCCAGACGUGUUCACCUACGAGCUCAUUGAAAACCCGGAGGGAGCCCGGUUGUGUGUUUCGAAAUGGAAAAAAGUAUUCAGAGGGUCAUCGUCCCGUGCUAGUUUCAUACUAGCAAUCUGCAUUCUGUUUGUAUACAUCCCUGUGCUGUUGUUAGUCAUUCUUUACUCCAUCAUCCUUAUCAAGCUCAAGACACAGGUACACCCAGGUGAACAGUCCGCCAACACUUAGCAACAGCGGCAAAGAAGAAACAGAAAAGUGCUUCAAAUGUCCAUCGCUAUCGUAACGGUGUUUGUGCUUUUCUGGUUACCUUGCUCUAUUAACGUUUUAAUCAUACAGUAUCAUGCCAGUUCUACGCAUUUCUCGAGUAGUUUCGGGCUAUACUAUAAUGUCACCAUUACUAUGACUUUCGGGUGCUGUGCUAUCAACCCGAUUAUCUAGUUUCGUUUUUAGCAGUAAUUAUCGACAAGCUCUUAAAAGACUCAUAAAAUGUUCUUUUGUACAGGCGUAGGUCGCAAAGAUGUGCUUUUGGUUGAAGAGGUUAAGAGUUAG